ACGUGACCGUUCUGCGCAUGUGCAGAGUUCAGGGAGGCAAAAGCGGCGGCUGGAAGAAUUAUGUCUAAUAUGUAAAAAGGUUGAUCAUCUGUGCGAUGGGUAACACGAUUUGUCGUCUUUGAGCGUAAGGCUGUGGAUUAGAGAUACAAGGAUGAAGGUGGCAGUAGAAGGCUGUUGUCAUGGAGAGCUGGAUCAGAUCUAUGAGAGCAUCAGUUACCUGGAGAAUAAAGAAGGUGUGAAGGUGGAUCUGCUGCUGUGCUGCGGAGACUUCCAGGCUGUCAGAAAUGAAGGAGACAUGAAGUGCAUGGCGGUGCCUGCCAAAUACAGACACAUGCAAACUUUCUACAAGUACUACUCUGGUGAGAAAAAGGCUCCUGUCCUGACGAUUUUCAUUGGCGGAAACCAUGAGGCCUCAAACCAUCUGCAGGAGCUUCCAUAUGGAGGCUGGGUGGCCCCCAACAUCUAUUACCUGGGUUAUGCUGGCAUUGUUCGCUUUAAAGGUGUACGGAUUGGCGGUGUUUCAGGAAUAUUUAAAUCCCACGAUUACAAGAAAGGACACUUUGAGUUCCCACCAUACAGCCCAGAAUCUUUGCGCAGCGUGUACCACAUAAGGAACAUUGAUGUCUUCAAACUUAAACAGAUCAAGAUGCCCAUAGACAUCUUCAUGACGCACGAUUGGCCGCGAGGCAUUUAUCACUACGGCAACACAAACCAGCUUAUCCGCCAGAAGAAGUUCCUCAGACAGGAAGUGGAGAGCGGUACCUUGGGCAGCCCUGCUGCUGCAGAGCUUCUAGACCACAUGCAGCCCACCUACUGGUUUUCAGCUCACUUGCACGUGAAGUUUGCUGCACUGAUGCAGCACGAGGCUAAGAAUAAUGCUGCCCCAAAGAUCACCAAGUUUCUCUCACUUGACAAGUGUCUUCCACAUAGAGACUUUCUUCAGAUUGUGGAGGUAGCAGACCGACCGGGCUCCUCUGUGCACCUUGAGUAUGAUCCAGAAUGGCUGGCCAUCUUGAAAGCGACAGACAGCCUUCAGAAACCAUCCUGCAAUUUCUGGAACCCCCCACAAGACAAUGGACUGCAUACCCAGUACAGACUAUGUUACAAUGACUACAUUUUCAUUCUGCCCCCAUUCAUGAGAGUACCACACGACGAACCCAGUGAGUACCCCACUGACACCUCCGGCCUCUCCAGCUCCUAUAAUCCUGAUGAAAUCACCAUUGAGGACGAAUGGGUGGAGGAAGAGGAUGAGGGAGUAGAAUGUGCCGAGGGGAAAGGGACAGACGCAGUGGUUCCAGAAGGGCAGGUAGGGAGCCAGGACAGCGAUAGAGACAGCAGUCCCCAGCGAGAGAUGGCUAAUAGACUGAUCUUACCGCCCCCAUGUUCUGCACCAGAAUCAGAGGCUCCACUACGCUCCUUGCGGCCGCUUUCUCUUCCCCCUCCUUCAGCAUCCCUCUCUCAGGGCAGCUCAGAAGAGGAGGGGGGCCUUACACCAGCCAGGGUCCCCAAACGCACCAGCGGGGAGACGACACGGGGGUCAGCAAGUCACACAGGUGGCACACCUCAAAUCAAACGGAGAAACCAGAGUAUCUACACAGCAGUAGAAGAUGAAGAGAGUGAGGGCUAGAUAAAUGCAAUUAUAGUUUUUGAUCAGCAAAUUACUACCAAGUAUGAUCUGCCGGAUAGUUUGAGUCUGAAGAGUUGAAUGGGUUACAAUACUGAUUUAAUCUGCUUGGUAACUAUUGUUUUUAAAGAACAGGGUUUUUUUGAGUGUGAGGAACUAAAGAGAAACUAUUUUCAAAAAUGUCACAUUUUUGGGGCAUUUUCAUGUGUAUAAAGUAACACCACAACCAUGAGUUUUUAUCUUGCAUUUGUCAUUUAUUUUCCUUUAUGAUGAGUUUUAAUGAUCUGUUUCUUUCUAUUUUUUUAACCAAAUAUAUCACAUCACACGCCUAA